CUCUCCUCCUCUCUGUAAAUUCCUUCAAUUCCGAAGGAAGAACACAACGAAGAAGACGAAGAAUCAUCAUCAUCAGAUCUAUAUCAUUUGAUCACAAGAACAUCAGAAUUCACACAAAUCCAUUCGGUAAUGAAGUGCAAAAAGCAUUUAAACGAUUCCACAAGCGAAAUCGGCGUAUGCGCAUCUUGUCUCCGUGAACGUCUCUUCUCAUUAAUAUCCAUUCAAGCAACAGAAGAACGUAAGGAAUCAGAAUCACAACAUCAUCCUUAUGCUGCAUGUAAUCGGAAUUCAAAUUUGAAUCACAAUGAACAACAACAUCAUCUACAUCAUAGCAUAUCCGAACAACGAUUCUUCUCUACUCCACAGGUAUGGUCUACAUCUUCAACUAACGAUGUAGACGUAAUGAAAAAGAAGAAGAAGAAAAGUCGAUUCUCUGUCAUAUCAAACUUAUUCAGAUCUAAAUCUGAUAAAAUACGAAUGGAAUCAACAAUUAACAACGUUGUUGUUGAUUCUUCAUCAUCAUCAACAGCAUCACCUUCCUGGUUUACAACUAUGUUAUCAACAAACAAAAAGAAGAAAUCGAGAUUAUUCUCCUUUCAUAAAACUACAUCUCGUACAACAAGAGAUCGUGGUUCAACUUCAGAUAAUGUUUAUGAAGAAGAUGAAGAUAGUUUCGAAAGAUCUAGCGGUUAUUCAUCUGAAUCUUCAUACGGAUAUAACAAAAGAACGCCGAUGAAGAUUGCUGGACGGCCUAGUCAUUCGAGAAACAGUACUAUGAGUCCUUUGGUUCGAUUGAAUCAGAAAGGAAUGCCGAUGAACUCCGGCGACGUUAGAUUACCGCCGGCGAGAACUCCGUUAUCGAACGGUUCGUCGUUUUGUUCUAACAGAUCGCGAAAACUUAGCGAUGUUGGAAGAUUCAAUCACAACCGUUGAUUUGGAUAAUCUAGUCAAAAGCAACUACCGUGGAAUAGUGAAAGUACGGUUUUACCCCUCUAUGAUUUAUCCUUUUUUUUACUUUUACUAUUACAAAAAGAAUUCAUAUAGGAAAAAAAAAUUCUAUUCAUAUAGGUUUAAUAAGGAUAUGAUUUUUUUUGGGUAAUCAAAUAUGGAUGUAAUUAAAAAUUAGGAUAAAGUUUGUGGAUCAAUUUUUACAUUAAUUGAUCUUUUAUGGACUUAUUUAUAUAUUUUGCGAAUAUUU